UUGAAAUUAGAAGGAUUAUUGUGCCAUAGAGUAGAAGUUAUUUAGCUUAUUUACUUACUGUACUAUUUUUCUUAACCAGUGUGUAACCCCCAUACGAUAAAUAAAUAAAUAAUUUAGCUGUUGCAUAAAAAAACACCACGAUCGUAUUGACACUGACAGACGAGCAAAAGCAAAGCAAAACGCUAUCAAAAAGCUGAACAACUUGUGACUAUCUAGGAGGUCUAGGAUGCGGGUUGUAUUGAGUUAAAUAAUCGAAUCAACAGAUUGAUUAGACCACUAAAUAACAAUGUCUGCUGCAAACGCAGCGCCCAUCACCGCUACGGACAGCCUUACCCAAGCUUUGAAGGCUAAUAUCAUCCCUAACCAAGAAUACUUAUUACAGGGCUCAGUAUUGGACUCUGCCGUGGAGGUUUUGCUGCAUCGGCUGCGCGGGCUGUGUGACAAUGUUGACGCCGGCCCUGAGACUUUUGAUGACCAAGAAGUCUGCUUUAGUCUCCGAGAUCCUAAUCAACAGACAGCCCCACUGAUGUUACGAGUGCGCAAGGCCCUGGACGCGCGCGAUAUGCCAUACCAGCUCCGUUACAUUGGGCAACCAGACCUGGGCGACAAGAACCGUCCCACUGUGGUGCGGUCCAGCCUCGACAUUGCCUGUAAUGGCAUGCUUCUGGAGUUCCUCAGUGAGCUUGGCUGCAGGAUUGAGUUUGAAUAUAGUGUUAAAGGGUACAUGUUUCGGAAAGGAAGGAUGAAGAUAACAGUUGCAAAAGUAUUCAAGAUACCACAGAACUCCAUGCCUCCCGAGCCCAUUUCACAAAGCUAUCUAGUUGAGCUAUCGGUGCUAGCCCCUCAAGGCCAGGACGCGAUCGCGGAGGACAUGCGCGCGUUUGCCGACCAGCUGCGGCCGCUGGUGCAGCUUGACAAGAUCGACUACAAGCGGCUCGGCCACAUGACAUAGCCCAUGUUCAUGGCUUAGGCCGCGCCGACCGCCGCCGCCGCCGCGCCGGUCGACGCCGCCUCAGCCGCGCCCCGCUGGAGGCUGCUCUUGAUGCGAUUGCGUCUCUUUUACUUCGUUCGUAUCGUUUCAUGCCUACAAGUAGUCUUACACUUAAUAUUAAUAUUAUAUUUUAAUUAUUAUUAAAUUCGUUUUCUACUGCCUCCUAACAUUUACCGUUUGGGAAUGUUGUACAGUAUAUAUUUGGUUAACAAUCUUCUGACACGUAUUCAUAAAUACAAAGCAAGAAUCACUUAAAAUCUGAAUCCAUAUUUAAUCAUUUGAACGCCAAGAGAGAAUGCUUUUAUUAGGUCGACCUGUAUGUAACUAUGUAAUGGAAUCUAAGGUAACUAAUUUAACCAUCUUCCAAGGAUCGUAGCGUCUUGAAAAUUGGCAGCUGUAUGUAGUUCUGAUGAAAAUACAAUAAUAUGGUACUGUCGAACUGAUCUGAUGAUGGAGCCGGAAGAUAUGAACUGGGACUUCAUGGUGGAACAUCGUAUCAUAGCUGUGUUUGGAUUUGUUAGAAAAGUCUUGUAAUAAACUUUGACCACGAUUAGGUUUCAAGGUCUGAUGAUGAAGCCGGAAGAUAGGCCCUGGCAUUCCAUGAUGGAAUAUCGUAUCAUAGUCGUGUUUGCACUCGUGAGAAAGGUCACUUAAUGGACUUUGAACACGAUCAGGUUUCAAGGUUAUAACAAACCACCAUGCAACCUACACAAUAAAAAAGCGUGUUUUUCUAGUGUUUUUUAAACUAUUAAUUUAUUACUAUUGACAGAUAAGGUUUAAAUUCGUUUCUCACUAGUUGAGAUAUUGGCGUGUAUACCACAUUUUGAUGCGAGAGAGAAAGCGUUCAAAAGGUUAAAUUUAUUGCUACGGCCGUGCAUAUGUAUUUGAAGAUUGUUUACCAAAUAAAACCAAUAGUUAGGUACAUAUCAAUUUAUGCUAUAUCCGUUUUCUACAAGAAUUCAUGAAAGAGUGAAAUUUGACUUAAUUUGCAUAGCAUCAUCAAGUAAAUCGUAAAAGUACAUCAAUAUGUAUACCUAACUUUUAUGAUACAUUGCUAAGAACUAAAUGUAACAUCUACCGAUAUGAAGCGAAAAAAAAAUUGUAACUAUUCAAUAUUAAAGUAACACUGCAUGCACUGUUAACUGUUAAGCGUGAAGGAUUAUUUUAUCUUCUUCAUGAAUUUAUCAAUGUCAAUGCCUCCCGGAGCCUUAAGCUCCAGUGUUGUAAAACUUGUAAAAAAAAUUCUCCGAAUAAUCUAACUAAUUGUACCUAAUUAAUAAGUGGUGAACGGUGUUGGUCACACAUACUGUAAACAGUGUUUAAAAUACUUUAUAUUUAAGCCUUUCUUGUAGUGACUGUUUGUUUACCUAAAAAAAAUAAUAAAAAAAAAAAAAACAUGUAUGAAUAAUAAAAUGCGAGUAGACAUGGAGACAUGGACACUUGUAAUUUAUAUAUUCGUUAAAACACAGUAGCGGGAAACUGCUUUAUUCACUUACGUCGUAUAGAUUUUCACAAUAAGUAAGCAGGUUAUUCGUUGUUCAUAAGAAGACAUUAUAACAAAUACAUCUGUAGUUAGGGAUAAUUAAAAUUGAAUGAUUGUACUUACGUAAUAUUGAAUAAGAGCCCUUGCACCGGGUAUACACCUGAUUAGAAUUUAUUAAAAUGCCAUAUGUGAUGUAUGGUUAUCUUAAGGUGACAUAAGCCUAACCCGGUUUAUUGCUGUCAACAGUCGCCUGUUAUUAUGUAGGUUAUUACUUAUAGUUAUGCCUUUAACAAUUAAUUUUAGGGAAGAUGUGGAGUGAUUUUUAUACGGGAAGUUUCUGUAGUUAUAACCUGACCUGUGAUAUAUGAUCACGCGCCAUAUUGCGGAAUUUCAAUGGAACUAAAUUUUUCAUACUGAACUGAACUGUCACCUUAUACAUGAGAAUAACAGCGCCCUCUUGACAUUGAUCAUAUAUUUCUGGUUGGGCUUUAGACCUCAUGACAUAAUUUCUGAAAUACAUAAAUAAUAAAUAUGGGCCAUACCAAAGAGUUAACCCUUUUCCAGGCCGCACCAAUCUACAAGGUUUUACCAAAAAAUUCAAAUAUAUUCCAAUAAAUCCCGCUUUGAUGAUUCAUUUGAAGACAAGUCACAUUUUCCGAAAGUGCAAUCUAAUUUGAACUUUAAAUCGGGUGGCUAAGGUUGAAACUCUUAUUAUUAUUGUUUGUCGCGUAUGUGGUCGAUAAAUCGUACUAUGCCGGAAAAGGUAUAAGUCUAAAAAAGUGCUUCCUAGUUUGACAGCCGAAGAAACUGAUGGCUAUGGAGUGUGGAAUUAAAAGGAGUGAAAUCUCUUAUGUUAGAACUGUUAAAAAAGUAUUCAGCUGUCAGAUAUAAAUAAUAGUUCCAAAUCUCUCCAGAGUAGCGCUAGAGUAGAUAAGAACCUAGGCGUUAUUGACGGAGUGAAGUGCGAUGUCUAUGAUUUGUUUUGUUUCAAGUAUUCUAGGUAUUGUAGCGCCAUCUAUUUAAGGUUUUUUGAAGACACUUUUUGGUCCACCUUCCAUACCAAUGGCGCUGCACAGUGCCACAUGUUUUGCAGUUUGGAAUUGUCAACUUUUGAGAACCCAAAGUUAUCGCAUAAUAUACGGGGCCAUACAUCGCUAUCUCGUUUAGCUGUCAAAUUCUAAGAACGAAAUUAUCUUUGGUCACACACAGCCACGUCUCUCCCUUACCUUAAGUUAAUAACAAAUUCGUAUGCGGAUAUAGGAUGCUACGGUUUAGCAUGUAUGUCUACAGACAUACAAAUACAUAUAACCGAAGCACGCAAACAUAUUGCUCGCUCUUUUUACUCGAAAAUUUUAGGUGACAUUUGAUAUUUUUGCGCGCUUCGUCUUGUAAUAUAGGUGUACAGUCGCUAAUAAUUAACAUUAAUUGAUGGAAUAAAGGAUUUAUUAAGCGAA